UACUACGCUGAACCCGCUCCGAAACAAUCAUCAAUACACCGCCGUGAUGAUUAAUUAUCCAUGUGGAUGAUUUUUAUUUGGCAUGAAAAUGGAAGGAAGUUGGGAUUGGAAAUAGAGGAUUAAGAGUAAGAUCAGUGAAAGAGCUCUGUAUUUUUUUCUUCCAUCAUCAUCACUCUUCGUUGGCUGUUGCAGUAAAUGAGAAAGUUCUUAUCUUUCUUUAAGUAAAGAAAAGGUUAGCUUUUUUGAAGAGUAUAUAUAUAUUUGUAUAUCUCGACACAGAGCGAGAGAGAGAGAACGGGGAUUUUAGAGAGGGAGAGAGAAAUGGAAGGCAUAGAGGAAGAACAGAGCGGAGAAGAGGUGGUGCUAGGGUCAACCUUGACGAUGGAGAAAGUGGCGGCGGCUAAACAGUUCAUUGAGAAUCACUAUAGAUCUCAGAUGAAGAAUAUUCAAGAACGCAAAGAAAGACGAUGGGUACUGGAGAGAAAGUUAGCAGCUUCAGAUGUGCCCCAGGAGGAACAGAUCAAUCUGAUAAAGGUUCUGUUGACUGCUUUUAGGUGGUCACUAGGAGCAAUAAUGUAUGAAAUGCUAAUUGGAUAUCCUCCAUUUUAUUCAGAUGAUCCGAUUACCACAUGCAGGAAGAUUGUGCAUUGGAGAACACACCUAAGAUUUCCUGAAGAUUUGAGAUUAAGUCAUGAGGCAAAGGAUCUCAUAUGUAAAUUGCUUUGUGAUGUCGAUCACCGAUUAGGUACUGGAGGGGCACAUCAAAUUAAAGCUCAUCCUUGGUUCAAGGAUGUUGUGUGGGACAAACUUUACGAGAUGGAUGCUGCAUUUAAACCUGAAGUGAACGGGGAAUUAGAUACUCAAAAUUUUAUGAAGUUUGACGAAUUGGAUGCUCCAUCACCAGCAAGAUCUAGCUCAGGACCUUCACGGAAGAUGCUUUUAACACCUAAAGAUCUAAAUUUUGUUGGUUAUACAUACAAGAAUUUUGAUGCCGUCAAAGGGCUUCGCCAUUCUUUAGAUUCCAGGAAUCCAUCGAUGGAACAGCAAUCCCAUGAUUCUAUAUAUGGUGAUUCAGGGGUAGGUUAUUCUACUAGGCGAUCAGCCGAGGAAACAGAGAUGCAAAUGCUUACAUCAACAGGUGAUCCCAUGUUACCAUAAAGUAACUAAAGGGCAACCUCUUACAUUAAUAUAUGGAACCACUUUGUUAAGUGUACAGAAGUAUUUAAAGGAAAAAUUAUUAAAACCCAGUUCUUGGUUGAUUGGUAGAAGCAAAGCAAAGAUCCCUUUUUUCAGCCAAAAAGGCUGUGUAUUAGAAGUUGGACGAGGGUUCUGAAACUUGAUGAUGCACUGGCACUGGAUGCCCAGGUUGGCUUUGGUGAAUUUGCCUUCUCUAGUGGCAGUUUCUGGUCAAAAUUUUUAAGUGAUAGCAAACUCCUCAGAAACUCUAUUAAGCCAUUUUGGGGAAAAUGAUUCCCCUAUUGUUGUUGUGUGUAAACUUAUUAGCAAAAGCUGGAAAUUAGCUUUGGGGAAAUAACAUUUUGCUG